AUGGCGGAUGUGCUGCAGAUCGCAAAGAUCGGUCUUUUCGUCAGCGCAGACUACAUGGGCACGUCCAUGAUGCGCAGCCUUCUGCCUCAGCUCCUGGUCUCCUCUUCCGCCUCGGCUGUGGGCAGCCUCGAGUCGUCCUACGGCCUGGGCCAGACCUUGGGAAGCCUCUCACUGCCAUAUCUCAGCGAUCUUUUUGGCCGGCGUCGCAUUCUUCAGCUGUCUUGCCUCGGCACUGCUGCCGGCUACAGCUUGUCGGCCUUUGCGGUGUCUUCCGAAGAGGCGACUCUCCUAGUGCUCGCCGGUCGCGUGGUCGCCGGGCUGACAAAGCAGACCCUGACGAUGGCGAGAGCCAUGAUCGGGGACAUGUAUGACCAGGAGUCUCGGCAGUCCAGCAUGGCGCUUCUGACUCUGUUCUCUUGCUCUGGCUAUCUUACGGGCCCUCUUGUCGGCGGCUGGCUGGCCGACUCCCUCGGCGUGAUCGCCCCUUUGCGGUGCGUCUCUGUGCUGUUUGUGCUGCUUUUCUUCUUCGUCUGGGCGCUCCCCGAGACUGCACCGGCUCUACAGCGUGAGGCCCACGCCGGUGUUGUGGAAGAUUGGGCUGUGUUGAGGCAGCCGGGCUCUUGGCGGCUCUUCGCCAUCGUCGCGCUUCAGGAGUUCGUGCUGACCGGCUGGACCUCAGUGGCGCGGCCUCGCAUCAUCAAACGCCGCCUCCCAGGUGGCUUUAGUUCGACCGCCCGCUACGACACCUGGCUCAUCCUUUGCGUCAUGCUGGCCUCCGCGAUCUGGAGAAGCUUCCCAGGUAUAGAGACUGGGAAGGCCAUGAUGCUCGGCGUGGUUUUUUUCGCGCUGGGCCUGGCUAUUCUUUGCUUUUCGAUGGACGCCGGCUGGCUGUUUGCCUCGGCGGCCGUGAUUGGGGUCGGGAUAAGUGCAACGAGGACGCUGCCGGCCACCUUGCUACUGAAACUGGCACCAGACCUGAAACGCGGUGCCGUCAUGGGCGCAUUGGACCUCGUCGGUGCUUGUUGCCGUGUGGCUGCGCCGUUACUCACCGGGCGUGUCAUCGACGCCUUCGGCGACACGGCUGGACUGCUUUUACUGGUGUUCGCAUUGCUGGCUGCGCUAGCCCUGCUUGUGACGGGAUCGCCACUGCUGAGCGCAGAGAAAGCCAAGUCGAGCUGA